UGCAAUUCUGGGGACAUAUGUCUUUUCUAUCGUAACAGGACUGCUAUUGGCUGAAGCCAAUAUCAAUCUCAUGUGCGAGUUGGGACAGGGCGGCGUGUCUAUUACAUCAAUAGCACAGGCUACACUAGGGCGUACUGGCGCUCGAGUUACCUCGGCUGCCUACCUGCUCCUGCACUACUCCCUUCUGGUUGCUUACACAGCAAAGUCAGGUGACUUGUGCAAGGAUCUGCUUGGAGGGAGUGCAGGCACACCAGCUUUGCUCUGGUCUAUUCCGUUCUGUGGGACGUUAGCAGCUGGGUGCUACUUCCUGAAAGCGCGAGAUCUGGACCGCGGCAAUGGAAUUCUCUUGGCGGCUGUGCUCCUCUCUUUCAUGGGUCUUCUGGGGCUAACGUCUGGUCAGAUCAAUUCAGCAAAUCUUACACACAGCAACUGGAAGGCAGUGCCAGCGACCCUGCCCGUGCUGUCAUUGGCAUUUGUCUACCAAAAUGUCGUUCCCAUUAUUUGCAGUCGUCUGGAGGGUGACAUUGACAAGGUCAGGAAAUCUAUUGUUUAUGGACUGAGCAUUCCGCUGGUCAUGUUUGUGGUUUGGAAUGGUGCAAUCCUGGGCAGUCUAGACACGCUGGCACGAAAUGGGAAAUCGGAUCCAUUGGAGCUCUUAUCCCAACAGUCGCCUUCGGUUGGGAUCCUGAUCCAGGUCUUCUCGUUGCUGGCAAUUGCCACUUCAUACAUCGGCUUUGUUUUGGGGCUAGCUGAUUUCCUGUCAGAUCUGCUGAAGUUGCCUUCAGGACAGCAGAAUCGGGUACCCUUCAUGCUGACUGUUCUGCCGCCCUUCGCACUUGCAGCAGUAUUUCCAGAUCUAUUCUUCAAGGCACUAGAUUUGGCAGGAACAUAUGGAGUGCUCUCGCUCUUUGGUGUGCUGCCUGCUGCUGCAGUAUGGAGCCAGCGCAGUUCUAACACCCAAUUUUCAGGUUAUAAGGCAGUAUGUGGAGGAAAUUUCACGCUGUUGGCAACAGGAGCACUAGCUGGGGGUAUCAUACUGAAUCAGUUGACAAAUGCUCUUCAUGCCAUGCUUCCCUAGUAUGUCUGGUCCAAGAGAUACUUCUUGCUAGAGAGGCUUCACAUGGUCCAUGACAUUAAUCUGACAGUCGGCAAUGCAGUGCUAUGAUGGACAUGAAAGACUGUGGCCAAGUCAAUUCAUGAAGUUGAGUCCAUCAAUAAAUUGAGGAGUAAACAAGAUGUAUAUGGC